AUGGCAAUUUACAUUGCGUGUCCAGAGAAUUUGCAAACGUCGAUUCGAACCCCGACAUCUAACAACACGCGAUCAGAUGAGGCUUUCCAGCUGGCGCGGAAAUGGAUACGACAAUGCGACGAGUCCCACAAAAGAUGUUCUAGCAGAUCCGAGAAGCUUUUUCGCAGACCCAAAAGCCAUGGAUUCAAAGGAGGAUGGGUCCCAGGAAGGCUUUUGGAUCUGAGACCAGACGACGAGAAGGAUGAGGAAAGGAAGGCCGACAAGCACAAAGCCGGCGAGAAGGCUGAUAACAACAACAACAACAACAACAACAACAACAACAACAACAACAACAACAACAACAACAACAACAACAACAACAACAACAACAACAACAACAAUAAUAAUCAUAAGAAGCAUGAGAAGAGGGGCAAAAAGGACAAAAAACAAAAAGUGUGUCUUGUAGAAACUACCGACGAAGCCUGGAGAAACAGUUACUCGGAACUUCAGCCCAGGUACACAACUCUCAGCCACCGUUGGGGGGGCAAGAUCAUACUCCGCCUGGAGCCCGGAAACCACUCUAAGCUCAAGGAAGGCAUCGAGCUUGACGACCUGCCAUUGACGUUCAAACAUGCUGUGGAGUUCUCCCUGCGCCUGAAUGUCCGUUAUAUCUGGAUCGAUUCCUUGUGCAUCAUGCAAGGUAGUAGCGAAGUAGCAAAAGCGGACUGGCUGGACCAGUCUGCGAGCAUGGACAAGGUAUAUGGAUUCUCGUUUUGCAACAUCUCGGCGACGGCCGCUUUAGACUCGGACGGAGGACUCUUUUUCUCGCGCAGGGCGGAGGACUUGUGGGAGCACGAAAUUUAUAUCUCUACCGUCCGUUUCCAGGGAUCAGCAGACACCAAAAGCACUCUGCGCUGUAUGGUGAUCGAUCCGAACUUUUGGGAACGAAACAUCGAGCAGGCCUCGGUGAACACCAGAGGCUGGGUGCUGCAGGAGAGACUUAUAGCCCCUCGUGUUCUUCAUUUCUGCAGAAAUCAAAUCGCCUGGGAAUGCAGCGAGCUGCAGGCGGCAGAGUGCCAUCCUGAUGGGGUUCCAGACUUCGAAAUUGUGUCCGGCAAGGUUGUUCCACGUCGAACGAUCAAGAGUCUCGAUCCGGUCAAAGAUGGCAAAACUCUCCGCGAGGCCCGGAUCAACUAUCGAUCCAGAGCGACCUACAGUCGUUUGUUGUCCCCGAGCGCCCCGCUGACCAUCACAUACGAGGGCUCAAAACUAAUCGUGUCGAUCGUCGAUCCCGAUUACCGCCUGGGGUCAGAGAUAUACAGGCAUGAACUGUGGAAGCACAUCGUGGAAACCUACUCCAAGAUGAAUCUUACCUUCGAAGGCGACAAGCUCAUUGCUUUGUCGGGUAUUGCCAGAGUCAUGUUCCGGGAACUUCAAGUGGAGUACGUGGCAGGCAUGUGGGAGAAGCACCUCGCGAGUCAGCUUUUAUGGCACAUAAACGACAAAUACGAGGAUGGCCGCUUUCACUAUGAUUCGACACGUACUCUUGGGUACCUCGCUCCAACAUUUUCUUGGGCUUCUUUGAACACUCCGAACGGCAUCACGUAUGGGGAGACAACUGAUCAAGAUCUCUUCAUAGAGGUCGAACAGAUCGUGCUGAAGUCCGAUCAACAGGGCGACUCGGGACGACCUACAAACAAAUUUGGUUUGUUGAAGCCCGGUUGUUACAUCGUCGUCAAAUGCCUGGGCCUGAGAUCGGUCAAAAUCGUCGAGAUCAAGGGUGAGGGGACGGAAAAGACCCGCCGAUAUGCUUGGAAAUUCGAAACCGCCGCCAAAGGCUCCAGAGCUUACGCGAAUGUGUACCUCGACAGCCCACGGAACGCGUCGAAUAACGACGCCGAUAACGACGCCGACUUAUUGUUCCGCAACGGACAGAUAUUUUGUCUUCCUGCUGCGCUGGGGAGUCGCACAGACGCAGCUAAGUAUCUCAUCUGUCUGUUGAUUGCGCGGGUCGAUGUUGCGGGGGAGCAGGUUGAUGGUGAGGCUGAUGGUGAGAAGCCGCUGGCAUAUAAACGCGUUGGCCUGAUAAAGGUGGCUCCUUACGACCGAGGUAUCCAGCAACUUCUGCUAGGGAAGAAGGACGAGGAGAUCCGGGGCUGGUUGAAGAAGGACGAAGAGGCUAGGAAAGAAGAACUGAAGGACAUAAGGAAGCCGGAGGAGUUCUUGGACGACGAUAAGCUGGAAAGGAUUCGGAUAUUCUAG